CCAAAUCUUGCUCCAAAUCAUGAGCCGGACGCCAUCUCCCUUCCAUCCGAUGGUCUUGUCGACCAACGUGGCUACAGUGAUUUCCCUCAGCUGAUCCCGUGUGUUGUGAUCGGGUCUCUUGAUGCUGUCGGCCGUGCUCUUUGCGCUGGCCCUUACCGCCACCCCGAGCGGCUCAUUUCCUGCGGCUGACUUUGACGAAGCGGACGAUGGAUUCAUUGAUGAGGAGGAGGAUGGCGCCGACGAGCCGGCCCGUGUGCUGGAGGUGACCAUGUCCUCUGAGGGGGCGCUCAGUAUGUUGCGGGCCAUCAGAGAGAACAUUGCAGACAGCACACAGCCGGAGGAGGAGGCUCCACAAUACGGUGGAGAUCUUACUCGUCUGCUACAGACGCCAAACUUGACAGCGAACGUGGAACGGGAAGCGGUCGACCUGCCAGUGCAUAUCGUAAGAGUAGGUGAUCGGGUUGACGAAGCUGUGCUGGCAACUUUCGUGCAGCUGCUGGACCGUCACGACGAUAGCGUCUUUAGAGCGGCGACCUCCAUGCUGGCCGGGAUUCCCAUUGCUGCAUCUGAAGGGUCCGUGGGGGAAAUUCAUCGGGUAGUGGCCGCUGUUCUAUUCGAGCAGCAGGCGGUGUCAAAGCUAUCGCGCUUGCUUUUGUCGCCAUACGGCCCUGCAAGCAGUGAUGCCAUGUAUGUCGCCCUGCUCGCCCUACAUCAGAUAGCACGUGAGUCGGAUGCAGCUGCACAAAGGCACCUCACUUGUCUGUCACUUGCCUGUUUGUGUGCAUCAGGCGAAAUUCCCGAGACGAUUGCCAUCAGUAUGAGACAGAUCAUGGAUCGUGACGUCGUUCCGAAUUUGAGGACGGUUUACCAAAGCCAAAGCGGGACAAAUAAUGUGUCCACUAGCGGUGAUAUGUCAACAACAAUGGCCACCUUGCUAUUGUCGUGUAGCCUUGCGCUGAGUUUCGGACGAAAACUGGACAACGAAAUGGCGGUGAGCGUCGGUAUCUCUAUGUUUAUCUCUCUGUCUGUCUGUCUGUCCGUCUGUGUGUGUGUGUGUCUGUCUGUCUGCCUGUCUGUGUUGUGCAGGUUCGCUAUGCAGUCGAGCACGGGUGUUUCGACGCAGCAUGCGAUGUGGUCGAGCACAAAACGGUCAGGAAAACGGCGGCGUACUCCACCCUUGUGAUGUCCUUAGAAGCGGAAGCACUGCUUGAAUUGAAGUUGCUAUCAGGCGGGUACGUUACGCAUGAAGCCUUUGUAAUGGUCACGAUCACGGUGUCAUGUUUGCAAUCCAUCAGGGCAAGUGAGGCAUUCAGGAGGCGAGUCGCCAAGAUCAUCAUGGGCAGGGUCUGGAACGCUUCGCAUGACGCGUGACCGAGCUCAUCGCUUGUUUUGUGGCUUCAGAGCAGCUGCAAGCGUGCCAUCGAGAAGCGCGCCAGCGGCUCCGGGGAUGGUGCCAGAAAAGCCAAGGCCAUCGCGAGUUGGGUGCGCAUGUAUGAGGUCACUGGACUGUAUCGGCUGCCAAGACGCGAUGAUCUGGUGCGACACAAGAGGACAAAGAGCACCUGAAAGUACUGUUUCUCUCUCUCCUUGGCAGGUGUCCUCUCCUUGGGCACUCUCGGCCGCUGUUGCCCUCUUCGCUGUCCUGCUCGGCCUGUCAGCACUGUGGCGCUUUGUUGUCCGUCCGGGGCAACAGCGUCGGCAGCAGCGUCUGGCCGAGGACGCAGCGGCACGGCUGAUAGCUGAGGAGGAAGCAAAGAGGAGCAGAGGGCAGGGGAGGGGCCGCAGAGGUCAUGCCAGGCAGCCCAAUGCUGCUUCUGCCGCCCGUCGGCCGACGGCUCAGCCAUUCUUCGCUGCUGCUGCCCAUGACAGUGGGAUCGCGUCUGCCACCACCACGUCCACUAGCAGCCACAGUGGCUGCCUGACACCCACUGCGGCAGCAAGCAGCGGUGGCUUUCAGCCAGCCUCCGUGUCUGGGGGUGGAUCAGCUGAUCAGCAGCAGCAAGAGCAUCAGGUGGAGGCGAUGGCAGAUAGUGGCGGCCAGUGGACUCAGACCGCAGCGCGACACCGAAAGAAAAAGGGCAGAAGGGCCGGGUCGGGCUCGGCGGCCGAUGGGUCAGCUUCACAACAGCUGGCUGGACAAGCGAGCACCUCUGUGUCUGCGAGUCCAUCUGGGGAGACGGCGCCCCCACAGCCGCUGCCAAGCACCGCCGGCAGCAUCUCUGGCGGCACACGUGGCUAUGCUGUGACUGGUGGGAUGGCCCAUCGCCCGCAGCGUCGCCCCUUUCGCCCCGGCGCCCCCCCUCUGGUGACCCCACCCCUCAAGCAGCACUCGUCGUCAUCGACAGAGAGCAGAGGCGCAGCACCGGCUGCUGCUGAUGGAUGCUUUCGUGUUGGGGGUCACGAAGGCGCGGAUUUUGCGGGCGAGUUGAGCAGCGGCACCACCGCCGUGACAUUGUCAUCACCGCCCAGCAGUCCUUCUGAUGACCCUGAGUGGGUGAGGGGCAUGGAGGCUGCUUGGUCUGAGUGGGACACGGGGCGGGGUGACGGCCAUCACAGCCACGACCCGCCGGAGCAGCAAAGGAGAGCAGAGGCCGCGGCUGCCGAUGACGCCCACAGCGUCGAUCCCGCACGCGCCAUGGCCUUAGAGCAGAAGCAGCAGGCCGUCGACAGACUGCAGGAGUGAGCCGGAAAGGCGAUGAAUGGGCGGCACUCUCACUGCAGAACCACGUGUGUGUCUUGGCAUGGGUGUGCAGGCUGCGUUGUGAGUUGGACGGCAAGUUGGCGGCCAUCGCCUCGUUCGAGCAGCGCAAAGCCAAACUGAUACGCGACAAGGAAACCGCAAUGCGCAACGCACCCAAGUGAGACGAACCGCACACACAGAGAGGGCGGGGACCUUGAUGCACCUCGUGUCGUGUGUCUUAUGUGUGUUAGGUCUGUUGACGAGUUGGAUGAGGUGGUUCGUGCGGGCGGCGUUGAGGGCAUCCGGCAGUUUUCCGCUGAGGUCGAGGCCGAGAAAGCCGCACUGCAGCCCAUCUACGACGCCGCACUCGCCAAGAUCCAACAGCUCAGCAGCGGAUCGACAGCAGUGGAAGUGCCACACAGAGAGAGGGAGCAGGACACCGCCACUGAGGGGGCAGCAGCGGCAUCGGGGUCUUCCUCGGCUGAUGCGGGUGGCCUCUGUGGGCCGCUGGAGGGGGGCAGCUCGUCGGGUGCUCGUGUAGAUGAUGACAUUGGUGGUUUGGGGCUUGACGAACAGCUGGCGAUGCUCACGCAGCGCAUCUCAGAGUGAGCACAGAGACAGCGGGGAUUCCCACACCGCCAUGCGUGUGACUCCGUCUGUGUGUGUGUGGCAUUCAGGGUCGAGCAGCAGCUGGGCAGCGGUGAGCUGGAUCGUCGGCUGAGGUGCCUCUCGCAUGAGGUGGGGAAGCUCCAGUCGCGUGUCGACGCCAUCAAGAUGGACACUCAUAACAAGUAUGAAACAAGUACACACACAUCGGCUGUCUAUCUGUUUGUCUGUCCACUGUCUGUCUCUGUGCAGGCAUUCGAUGGCUUGCCUCUCGUCCAUCCACACGGUGGCCGAGGCGACGGCCUUCCUCGCCCGCGUCAUGGGCCGCAUUCAGCAGCUCGACGGGCUCGUCAUUCGGGCGCACCAGGAGGAGAAUCGGCAGCUGCAGCGGCGCAUCGACGACAGGGAGGAUGACGAGUCGUGUGCGGUGUGCCACGACGGGCGGCGGACGGUGGUGCUCAUCGGCAAGGCGCCGUCCGGCUGCCGCCACCGAUGUCUGUGUGUCACCUGCUGGCACAAGAGCUAUGCGCCGGGGCGGGGCAGCACACAGUGCCCCAUCUGCAGAAGCGACAUCGACUACAGACAGUCGGGGCCCACCAUUUAGACGAUUUGUGGGGUGUACAGCUGGUGGGUUCAUGUUAGUCUGUCGGGUGGAGGAGAGCUGCUGUAAGGGCGUUGCAGAAUGGGAUGCAGCCCCAUUCACUCGAGGCGAUGCUGACUGCACGUGUGUGAGGGUGGGAUGAUUAGUGUAUUUGUGUAGUUCAUGACGCUGCAUGAUCUGUUCUCCUUUUCGGCUGCUAUGCAGCGGUUGGAUGCAUGACGCGAUUGAAAUAUUG